AUGACCUUCCCUCCACCUCCCGCUGCCCUCGACUGGGACAACAUUGGCUUCAAAGUCCGAGAUGGAAACGGCCAUGUCGAAAUCCACUUCUCCCACAGCACAGGCAACAAAUGGUCAUCCCCACAAUUCGUAACAUCCCCGUACCUCUCCAUCCACGGGAUGGCCCCGGGCCUAAACUAUGGCCAACAAGUCUACGAAGGCCUCAAAGCCUUCCGCCACCCCACCAACAAAAUAACAAUCUUUCGCCCAGACCGCAACGCAAAGCGCAUGCAGCACUCUGCCGAGGUAGUCUCUAUGCCGCCGGUCCCAGAAGACCUCUUCAUCGAGUGCGUGCAGCUGGCCGUCGCCGCCAACGCCGAGUACGUACCGCCCCACGGCUCCGGCGCAGCAAUGUACAUCCGGCCAUUGCUAUUCGGGUCGUCAGCGCAGCUGGGACUCAGUCCGCCCGACGGGUAUACGCUUGCAGUAUUUGUGAUGCCGACGGGCGUGUACCACGGUGCUAGUGCUGUUGAUGCCUUGAUUCUGGAGGAUUUCGAUCGCUGUGCGCCCUUUGGAACGGGUGAUGCGAAGGUGGGUGGGAAUUAUGCGCCUGUUUUGAAGCAUAGUGAUCGGGCGAGAAAGGAGGGGUUUGGGAUUACGCUUCAUUUGGAUAGUGCCAGUCGGAAGGAGGUUGAUGAGUUUUCUACCUCGGCUUUUAUUGGCGUUAGAAGGGAUGGGGGAAAGGUGACCGUUGUGCAGCCCGAUAGUCGGAAUGCGAUUGAUUCGGUUACGGCGGCGUCGGUUUUGGAGAUUGCAAAGGGGUUGGGCUUUGCUGUUGAGAGGAGACGCGUUGCGUAUGAGGAGCUGGCGGAGUUUGAUGAGGUUAUUGCUGCUGGGACGGCGGCGGCUUUGGUGCCUGUUAGGAGUAUUACGAUGCGGUCGAAGGGGGACAAGUUUGAGUAUACUUGUGGGGAGCAGAUGGAGGGUGGGGAGGUUUGCGUUAAGUUGUUGAAGACGCUCAAGGGGGUUCAGUCUGGGAGUGUGGAGGAUACGUUGGGGUGGAAUUAUGAGGUACAGGCGCCGCCGAAGGGGUGGGCUGAGGUGGAGCAGGAGCAGGAGAUUGAGAAAACCUGUGCCAAUGCUCCUUGA